AUGGCCCUGCGUGUGGCGCCCGCCAGCAGGUCCCCGGGGCUGGCUGCAACAGGCAGUCCUGUGCCCGAGCUGCCUAGCAGCCCCAAUGCAUCCCUCAACAGCUCGUGGGCCAGCCCCACGGAGCCCAGCUCCCUGGAGGACCUGGUGGCCACGGGAGCCAUUGGGGUGGUGCUCUUGGCCAUGGGCGUGGUGGGCGUGGCAGGCAAUGUAUACACACUAGUGGUCAUGUGCCGCUUCCUGCGCGCCUCAGCCUCCAUGUACGUCUACAUCGUCAACCUGGCGCUGGCCGAUCUGCUCUACCUGCUUAGCAUCCCUUUCAUUGUGACCACCUACGUCACCAAGGAGUGGCACUUCGGGGACGUGGGCUGCCGAGUCCUCUUCAGCUUGGACUUCCUGACCAUGCACGCCAGCAUCUUCACCCUGACCGUCAUGAGCAGCGAGCGCUACGCCGCCGUGCUGAGGCCGCUGGACACUGCGCAGCGCUCCAAGGGCUACCGCAAAGUCCUGGCGCUGGGCACGUGGCUGCUGGCGCUGCUGCUGGCGCUGCCCAUGAUUCUGGCCAUCCGGCUGGUCCAGCGGGGCCACAAGAGCCUCUGCCUGCCGGCCUGGGGCCAGAGCACCCACCGCGCCUACCUGACGCUGCUCUUCGGCACCAGCAUCGUGGGGCCCGGCGUGGUCAUCGGCCUGCUCUACGUGCGCCUGGCCCGGGCCUACUGGCUGUCGCAGCGGGCCUCCUUCCGGCAGACACGAAGACUGCCCAACCCCAGGGUGCUCUACCUCAUCCUGGGCAUCGUGCUGCUCUUCUGGGCCUGCUUCCUGCCCUUCUGGGUGUGGCAGCUGCUGGCGCAGUACCGCGGGGCCCGGCCGCUCACGCCCCGCAGCUCGCGCAUCGUCAACUACCUGACCACGUGCCUCACCUACGGCAACAGCUGUGUCAACCCCUUUCUCUACACGCUGCUCACCAAGAACUACCGGGACUUCCGGCGCGGCUCGCCCUGCGGCAGGGGCACCAGCGGGCGCGCGGGCACUCGAGCCUUCCUGCAGUGCCCGGCCCGCGCCCCGCGCCCCGUGGGCAGUCGGCAGGCCUCCGAGCCCAUCAGCCUGCCUGGGGCGGCCCCUGGGGGCGUCCGCGACUGA